CGACGCAAGCGUUUAGAUGCGCGGCGUUGCCAACGUUACCCCGACUAUACGGCUUUUUUGUUCAAUAUGAGGAUUGUUAUCGCCGGAUAUCGAUAAACAAUCGUCGUGCUCGUCGACAUGGACUCCGUUUUGACCGCGAUCGACUGCCGAUACCUGUUGCCAGCUCCCGGAGAGCAGGCGAGGAGGAAGAAUCUUCAGUUCCUGCUCGAGUCGCUGCUUCGGAAUAUGUGCUACCACGACGACUUAUUCAGGGAACUGUACGUCGGCGUUCAGAAAGACUACUACGGCGACGACGACUUCAACACGAAACGCGUCGCCUCGUACAAAAUCCGAUUUCUUUUGGACGUCCCGAAAGCGAUCAAGACGAAACUUGUGACGGAGGCGGACAGGCCCGCGCUGGCUCGAGCAUACGUCUCCGACGUGACUGGGGGCGUUAGAAAUAGGCCCGCUGGCGUCGAGCGCCUCCUGGACAGAUACGGUUAUCUGGACACGCGGACGACGCGCCGAUGGCUGGUGAACGUCGCGUCUGCGACCAUCCGCAAAGAAUGGCGGAAGCACCACAACAAUCGCUACCUCGUCGAGCACCACCUGGGCGAUUUUUAUGUGGAGAUCUGCGAAGCCGACGCCCGGCUCGCGGUGCGUCCCACAAAGUUCGCCAGGGGCGGACUGGCCCCUUUCGACGUCCACAUCGAGCCGUGCAUCUACUUCGGCAAAUCCGAUUGGCCGCCGGCCCUGAGGUCUAACCCGCUAGGGAGAGAGCCAAACUUUUUCGUCACGCCGAAGGCCGCGAAACGUGUGAAAAACACGGACCAAUAUUGGAGUCCGUGCUUUCAGUUGCAGGAGCGACGUUUGUUCAACGAGUGUCCGCCAUUUCGAACGGUUGUCAAACUAUUUAAGAAAAUGCGGCGCUACAUCAACCACGCACGCGUCCCCGAAUCGUGCUUCACGAAUCUGGUUUUAACCGGUUUAUACGACGUCCACGACGGCGUCCGAAAUCCGCCGAGCGUGCAGCCUUUGUUUUUCACGGUGCUGAAAGCUUAUCUUCGAUGCUUGGAGGACGGCAGAGUACCGUACUUCUGGAACCACCGCGUUAACCUGAUGCCGGACAUUGGGCGAGAGGUUCUGUCCAAGAUGGUCGAACGAGUGAAAAAUAUCAUCGCCGAUUUGGAAAGUCACCCCGCGGACGCGUUUUUGGUCGCCAAAUACAUAAGCAAGUUUCGAACAAAUGAUUCGAUCAAUGGGACAAAAAGGUUUUUCGUUUGUAGUUUCACCGGCGAAGCUAUCGGCGCUCGAAAGGGAUUUGUUCAACUGACGCCGGCGUAGAUUUCAUUUCUUUACAAACGCUUUUUCUUCAGCACUAAACACAGUCGAUAAAUAGGCUGCGAAAAAUGCGAACGUUUAGCGUGGACCAAACAAUCUCGCCCGGUACUGAACACGGACUAAUUGCAGAUCCG